AAGUAUUGCGUGUCCCGCGGGCUGUCAUUUCCAUAGCCUUUCGUUCCUCCAGGGAGAGAGGUUUUACCAGUUACAGUGCUAGGGUUUUAGUUCUUUCCUUCUGAAAUACUCGAUUGAUUCGAUGUACAGGCACAGCAUCUCCUCCAGAUUUUCCCUUCUCACGCAACGGUUCCACCCAUCUUUUAUUCACCCUCUUCUACAUGACGAUGGCGAUAAACACGACCGUCCCCCCUCAAAUGCAUCUGAACCUCAAACAAGUCACCUCACAGGACACAAAUUCUACAAGGAUCUCAACAGUGCCACUGCUAGAUUCAGUUCGAUGUUUCAAGGCAGAGUAGGUUUUGCCCCCACUUAUCAUCUGGGUCUUGGAACCUCUUUUUGUAGCUAUUCGUCGAGCACAAUCCGAGAUGUUUUGGAUAAAAUUGAAUACAUGAGUGAUGUUGCUGACAUCCUUGUGGAGAAAAGUGUGGAAGGAGCGGCCACGCAAGCCCCUGUCGCUAGUGAAGUUGCCAUUGCAGCAGCAGAUUCAUUCUUCCCUGUUGCCGCGUUGCAGUAUCUUAUUGAUGGCAUUCAUUCUUUUACUGGCUUAAAUUGGUGGGCAGCCAUUGCUCUAACAACCAUUGUGAUUCGAACUGCUACAGUUCCACUUCUAAUAAAUCAACUUAAGGCUACUUCAAAACUUGCUGCAAUGGGACCGCAAAUGGAAGAGAUCAAACAACAGAUGAUGGAUUCAAUGGACCCUAAGGCUACUGCAGAAGGUCAGAAACGAAUGAAGGCACUGUUCAAAGAGUAUGGAGUCACUCCAUAUACUCCGUUGAAGGGGCUUUUUAUCCAAGGUCCUGUUUUCAUCAGCUUUUACUUGGCUAUAACAAACAUGGUUGAGAAAGUACCAUCAUUCAAAGAAGGUGGGGCGUUCUGGUUCGUUGAUCUGACGACUCCUGAUAGUUUAUACAUCUUUCCAGUUCUAACAUCAUUGUCUUUCUUAUUGACUGUGGAGUUGAAUGUGCAAGAGGGUAUGGAAGGAAAUCCUGUUGCUGGAACCAUGAAAAAGUUCUCCAGAAUUCUUGCUGUUCUGACAAUUCCAUUUACAAUGAACUUCCCAAAGGCCAUAUUCUGUUAUUGGGUUACCUCAAACCUGUUCUCACUCACGUACGGAAUUGUCAUUAAGCGCCCUCCUGUGAAGAAGUUCCUCGGACUUCCUGACCCAGUUCCGCCACCAACAACUGCACCACAGCCUGGCUCCUCUAUUUUUGGGGCAUCCAACCUGCUACUUGGGAGACUCAAGACCCUAUUGGGGGAAUAUAAAUCAGCAGCACUGGUCUCUUCUGCUUCACCUGUGAAGCAACCCAAACUUCCAGAUACAAGAAUAUCUUCAUCUUCUGUUAUCAGUCGGAGGGUUGCAAAUCUAGAAAAGGCAGUGAAAAGAAGAAAGAAAACAAAGAAGAGGUGAGUUGAUCAGCAUUUCCAAAAUCAGAUUAUUGCACCGAGAAUUGUGGAAUUUAAUCUCUGCUUGAAUCAAUGAUCCACAAGGCAUGGCAGUUGAAGAGUAGGAUUUGAUGCUCCAUGAUUCAUAACAAUUCAAGGAGGGAUAGGUGAACUUUUAAAAUAUGAGAAGCAAUUCUCCAUGUGUAGUAAUUUUGGUGAAUUUUGAAUGACAUCUCAUAUAUAUGCGUUGAGCUAUCUGCCUUUUUUUUUAUAUACGAUUUUUUGGACGAAAUUGCCCCCAGCGGGUAUGUUCAAUGAGGAACAACAACAAUGUUAUUUAAUGGAUUUAUAGAGGGUUAUUUCUAUUGUAAAGGAUUAUGAUGAAUUUUUUAAGGAUGGAUAAUGGUUAAGAUAUGCAUUGUUAGCAUA